AAAUUCUUUGACCUUGAGGAAGAGAAUGCAUGCUUUCUUAAAGAACAGAAGAACACUUCCCUUCCCAAAUUAAAUCGUAACAAAUAUAUGGUGACUGAUGGAGCUGCAUACAUUGGUAAUUUUGAUUGGGUAGGAAAUGCUUUUACGCAGAAUGCUGGAGCUGGCCUUGUUAUCAACCAAGCAGACGCGGGGAACAGCACAAGCAUCAUUAAGCAACUCAAGGCUGUUUUUGAAAGGGACUGGUACUCACAUUAUGCCAAAAGUUUACAACCAACAAAAAUCCCAAACUGCUUUAAUCACAAACUUAAUAAAGCAACAUCAAAUAAGACUGCCAUGAGCAAUGUGAAUUAGAAAGACUGUUUACUGUUUAGUAUGGCAAUGAAGAAUUACAUUGGGGUGUAGCCCUCUUUCGUAUUUACAGACAAAAGACUUCAAGAAAA